CCCCGCCUCCCCCUCCCUCCUUGCGGAGCCGGCUCCGGGGGAGACGCGCGCGGCUGACAUUGUCUUCGCAGGACUCUUGCAGCGCGCCCCAGAGCCGCCUCUCUCCUGUACACAAUGGCAACUCUUAAGGAAAAACUCAUUGCACCCGUUGCAGAAGAAGAGGCAGGAGUCCCAAACAAUAAGAUCACUGUAGUGGGCGUUGGACAAGUUGGUAUGGCGUGUGCUAUCAGCAUUCUGGGAAAGUCUCUGGCUGAUGAACUUGCUCUUGUGGAUGUUUUGGAAGACAAGCUUAAAGGAGAAAUGAUGGAUCUGCAGCAUGGGAGCUUAUUUCUUCAGACAUCUAAGAUUGUGGCAGAUAAAGAUUACUCUGUGACCGCCAAUUCUAAGAUUGUGGUGGUAACUGCAGGCGUCCGUCAGCAAGAGGGGGAGAGUCGUCUCAAUCUGGUGCAGAGAAAUGUUAAUGUCUUCAAGUUCAUUAUUCCCCAGAUUGUCAAGUACAGUCCUGAUUGCAUCAUAAUUGUGGUUUCCAACCCAGUGGACAUUCUUACGUAUGUUACCUGGAAACUAAGCGGAUUACCCAAGCACCGUGUGAUUGGAAGUGGGUGUAAUCUGGAUUCUGCUAGAUUUCGCUAUCUCAUGGCUGAAAAACUUGGCAUUCAUCCCAGCAGCUGCCAUGGUUGGAUUCUGGGAGAACAUGGCGACUCAAGUGUGGCUGUGUGGAGUGGAGUGAAUGUGGCAGGUGUUUCUCUCCAGGAAUUGAAUCCAGAAAUGGGAACAGACAAUGAUAGUGAAAAUUGGAAAGAAGUCCAUAAGAUGGUGGUUGAGAGUGCCUACGAAGUUAUCAAGCUAAAAGGAUAUACCAAUUGGGCCAUUGGAUUAAGUGUAGCUGAUCUUAUUGAAUCCAUGCUAAAAAAUCUAUCCAGGAUUCAUCCGGUAUCAACAAUGGUGAAGGGGAUGUAUGGCAUUGAGAAUGAAGUCUUCCUGAGCCUCCCGUGUAUCCUCAACGCUCGGGGAUUAACCAGUGUUAUCAACCAGAAGCUAAAGGAUGAUGAGGUGGCUCAGCUCAAGAAAAGUGCAGAUACCCUGUGGGACAUCCAGAAGGACCUGAAAGACCUGUGACUGCUGAGCUCUAGGCUGUAGAAAUUCAAAAACUACAAUGUGAUUAACCCUGAGCCUUUAGUUUUCAUCCAUGUACAUGGAUCCUAGUUUGCUUUUAUCUUCCUAAAUAAGUGAAUUUGGGCUCACAGAAUCAAAGCCCGUGCUUGAUUUAAUGCUAGCAAUAUGAGCCCUCGAGCAAAUAAAAUUAACUCUAUCAUAGUGUUC